AUGCCUGGCUCAACGGAUAUUAUUUCCUUUCCGGUCAACAAAGGGGAUUGGACCUCCGCAGCAACAAAAUGCAAACUGAAGAACGAGAGUAUCCACAGUAAAACUUGCAAUUCAGCAUCAAAGAUCUCCGAAGAGCAGUAUCUCUUGCUUCGCAGUUUCUGGGUGACUCGUUCGCCAGGUACAAUAGAAAGCUGGGGAAUAAAAACCAUACCUAAGGCGACGGAGUGGCUCCGGGAAUACGAUGAUUGGCAGAAAUAUCUCAAAAACCUGGGCUCCCAAGCUACAAUGCCUGUCCCACGGCUCGGUUCAUUCUCUUACGUUUGUCUAUCCCGUCUCCAGGUAACCAGGCUUCCAGAGGAAUAUGAAGAAGAGGAAGAGGAUAAAAACGUCAACUUCAGCCCAAUUGCAUCGCGGCUUCGAUCUUCCGACUACAAGGUAUUUCUUGAAAGUCCGACAAAAGCGGCUGCGGAGAGGAAAAGGUUGGACCAGUCUAUGGGUACCAAUAAAUUUGCACAAAUGCUACAGCAAUUAAGCAUCAAAGAAGGCGCCGGUGACAACAGCUCGGACGAGGAUAUAAAGGGUAAAGGGAAGGUGAAAGACGAUCAGGACGAAUCAGCUUCUAUUACCGGCAGUGAUAGCUCUCAUGCACAUUCUUGGGUACAGAUGAGCCCUAACUCCUUCCGCAAGGCAUUCCCCAAAGUGGAAGAUGAGCAAAUCGUGAACGGCUUUUUGAUUGCUUUCCUGGCCACACUUUGUAUGCAUCACCCAGAGGUGGAACUCGAGUGGUCCCCUGUCAGAAAGGGGUUCAAAUUUGGCAAAUCUCCGGACACAGCCGGGGAAACGAAGUCAUUCCUCUUCGAAGCAAGGACUGAUGGCCAUCUAUCGAAGCCAGUGCUGAGAAAGACAGACAUACGAUCUACGGUGAUCGUCGAGGUCAAACCAACACUUCGGGCUUAUAACAAUCGUGUCAUUUACCAAGCCACUGCCCAAAUGGCAGCUUGGAUAUAUGAGGAACCAGAUGAGCCGGGAAGCCAAGAGCCAUAUCGACGCGCAAUGAUUCUGCAAGAACGCCAGGAAAUCAGGUUAGUCAUAGCUAAGUAUGACAGUAAUUAUGUCAAUUACCUCAAAAAUACUGCAAAUGCAGUGGCCACCAUAUCCCUAUUGGAGAUGCACGAGGUACGAGUGUGGGAUAUCGAGAAGGAGAAUGAAAUGAAAGAAUUUGGAAACAUCCUUCUCGCACUCGUCCUACAGGGUGGCAAGCUCCUACAUUAG